CCGUACCCCUAGUGGAUUGGUGACGGAUUUUUUGCUUAACAAAGAAGGCACUUCUAGAUUUAAGCUUUGUAUUUAAGGGUCUUGCAUUCUUAGUCCUUGACUCCUUGAAUUCAUCUUUUUGUUUGAUGCUUUUCUUUUCUAUUUAAAAAAUAAGUUUCAACAGUUCACCGACCGACGCCUCCCACCCACGCUCCAGCCUCCGGCCGUCGCUCUCCGUACGCUGCCACCACGAUCCACCGGCACCACCGCGUCCCAAAGAGUUUUGAGAUAUGGAGCAUGAACAGUCUUGUGUUGAGAAAUAUGAGAAAUUUACAUGGAAGGUUGAAAACUUCUCUAACUUGAAAACCAAUAAAGUUUACUCUGAGCCUUUUGUCUUAGGCGGCUAUCCAUGGAGGAUUCUUCUGUUUCCAAAGGGGAGAAAUGAAGCCAAUUACUUAUCCAUUUAUUUGGAGGCUAUGAAAACUGCUAAUAUGUCUGAGGGAUGGAACAGAGAUGUCCAAUUCAAGUUUCUUCUAUUCAAUCAACUGGAUACAAAGAUGACCAUCACAAAAGAAACUAGCCAUAAAUUCAAUGCAGGUGAGGAUGACUGGGGUUAUACUACUUUCAUGACACUUGCGGAGCUUCAUGAUCCUAAAAUAGGGUUUAUUGUGAAGGAUGCUUGUAUUAUUGGUGCUGAAGUUUUUGUUUCAAAGUCAACACAUGAGAAACCAGUAAACUUAGGUGGAUCUCUAAAAUUUGGAAGUCAAAGUGAUGUCAUUGAAGUCCAAAUUCCAGAGUCAGAAAUCACAAAUAAGGAAACUCUUCCAUCAGUUUCUAAUUUAGUUUCCAAUGAAACUUCUAAAAAAUCUGAUGCAGAAUCGGGGUAUGCUGCAAUGGGGAAAGUUCUUUAUUUCCUUAACACUAGAAAAGUGAAAGACCUGAAUGAACAAUCAUGCAAGGAACUUCAAGUUCUUUGGGACGACCUUGCCAAAUAUAAAUUUGAUAUUACUUGGCUAGAGCCACAAGUUCAAUCUGCUUUAAGAAGUAGAAGUUAUGUGGAGAAAUCUCUGGAGGUAGAAAAACUGAAAGGGAAUGUUGCUGAUCUAGAGCUGGAAACAGAGAGGCUAAAGGCAAAAUUGGCUGCUGCCGAAGUAAAUCUUGAGAUAGAAAGGGAUUUGUUGAAAGCUGAAGGUAUCAAAGAAAGAGAUUUGGAUUCUGAAUUGGGUUCAGGGAGUUGGAAGUGAUAGACCAUAGUUAAACAUGAGUUUUUUGGAGUUACUUAUGAAUUGCACUUACAAAUUGUACUUUCGUGGUAAUAGUUUCCAUCGUGUGUUGAUGAAAAUAUAAGCUGAAUGUGUAUCUCUAGUCCAGGCCAUUAUAAAUUAGUAGGCUGUACAAUUGGAAAAUGAAAAUCAGAGUUAUUAGGCAUUGUUUUUA